AUUUAUUUAAUUUUCUCUCUCUCUCUCUUUGCCUUUGCAGCCAGCGCAGCGGCUAAUCCAGUUCAAACUCAAUUAGCUGCUGCUGCUCUAAAUGAUGCCCGAAACUGAACGCGACACGUUGUUGGCCACCGAAAUGAUGACCCAGCAUCAGCAUCAACAUCAGCAGCUGCACUUGCCACAGCAGGCGGCCGCCAUUGCCACGCCCACUUACAAUAUGGGCAUCAGUUCAUAUGUCUACAGCAGCGCGCUUACUAUACCCAGCCAGCCAGCCCAACCAGCUCAGCCAGCGGCGCUGGUUAGUCCCAGCAGCAAGGAGAAGCUCGUCAAUCUGCUGCGCGUGCGCGAUGCCGGCGGCAGCGUCAGUCCCAAUCCCAGCUCACCGCCCACAUUUCUGCAGCGUCAACUGGAGGCGCCACGUCAGCGUCGCUCGCUGACGCCCUAUCCCGCUAGCUGGCAUGCGCAUGUCUAUGCACGUCCGCCCAAUCGUCCCACGCCGCACUCCAUUGCAGACAUACUGGGCAUGGCGCUGGCGGAGAAGGAUGCCUAUGCCAGCGCUGCGGUUGCUGUAGCGCUCAGCGCCGCCGCCGCCAGCUCAGCUGCCACCUCACCCAAGAGCAUAUUGCGCAACAUUGAGCAGCAAUACGCGCAGCAGCAGCAGCAGCCCGCGGAGCAGCAGCAGCGCGCACAGCGCAGCGCUUCGAUGAGCGACGCUAGCGAGGAGGACAACCUAACAGCAACUUCAACUGCAGUUACAGCAGCAACAGUUGCAGUUGCAAGCACAGCGAGUGCUACAAAUAGCGCUGCAAUUGCUGCUGCCGCUUCGCUUGAUCAGCCAUUGAAUCUGUGUGUGGCCAAAAAGUCACGCGACAGCAGCAGCGCCACGUCGCCCAUGCCGUCGAGCAAGUCAGCGAAUCAGUUAAUAGCCAAAGCGAGCGCUAAGAAAGAACACAGCGGCAAACCAGCUGCGAAGAAGAAGAAGCUAACGCUAGCGCUGCCACCGGAUUUGAGUCCCACAGGCAGCAGCGACAGUUUGAUGCGUGACAAGCUGCUGGCCAGCAAUAGUUCACCCAACGCUGCAGCACAAACGCAGCCGAGCAGCAACAACAACAGCAAUCUGGAGACAACCGAAGAUGACUCCGAUUCGGGGUCAACAGAUGCGCGACGCAAGAAGAAAGCGCGCACCACAUUCACAGGUCGCCAGAUCUUUGAGCUGGAGAAACAAUUUGAGAUUAAAAAGUAUCUGAGCUCAAGCGAACGCACUGAAAUGGCAAAGCUGCUGCUGGUAACAGAGACACAGGUAAAAAUCUGGUUUCAAAAUCGUCGCACAAAAUGGAAAAAACAAGAUAAUGUCACCAAUAACGAAGCAGCCGAGCACAAGUCAACAAAUACCAAUAAAAACGCAGACACACCAACAAAAGCCAAUAGCACGACUGAUGAGAGUCCCAAUCCGGUAGCCAGCAACAAUGUGGAUACGCCAGCUACAAAAAAAUCCGCCAAUAGUCAAGCGGACAAGACACGCAACAGCAACAGCAAUAAUGGGACAGGUGUAACCAAUGUGAAGGGCAACAGCGAGAGCAAAGCGCAGGCUAAACAAAGCACAAAGCUCAAAAAACAAUUGAAUUCUUUGCUGGAGAAGAGCGCCAAGCUUACAAAUGGAGCUAGCGAGUCCGGCAAAGCAGCUGACAAGCGUCAAUCCGCUAAUAACAUCAACAACAAUAGUAAUAAUAACAACAACAACAAUGUUGUGGAUAGUUUUCAUCAUCAUCGACUGCAUCAGAAUGCUAUACCCUUGACUGUGGAGCCCGCAGCGCCCUUGGAACAGACUGAAAAGCUUGACAUCAAGCUGGAGGAAUCGCCAGCGCUGGGAUUGCAACGCGCUGCAGCAGCAGCGGCAAAAGCUGCGGCAGCUGCUGCUGCGCUGGAUAGCGAGCGCAGUCAAUCCCAGCCAGCAAUAUCAGAAAUGGACUUUGAAAGCAAACUGGCGGCCUCUAAGAUAUCCAUAGCAUUGGCUCUGGCUAACAAUAAGCCGUCAAAGUGCAACAGCGUCGAGCUGGAGAAGCCCAACAGCGAGUCUGAGGAUGAAGAGGCGCUCAGCGAGCCGGGUAGCCCAGCUGAGCCACAGGACGCGCAGGAGCAGGAUGUGGAUAUGCAUGAGACUUAAGUCACAGUCACGCCCACAAGAACGAACGCCAGUCAAAUUAACUUGUGCCAAAAAGAAUAAACAAACAGUCGAAUAUUUGCUCAAGCAUUUCCUAAACAAUAUUUGUCUAUGUGUGUGUGUGUGUGUCUCGGUGUGCUUUUGUUAGUUUAAGGCAUUUACAUAUUAAUAUAAUUUAUUGCAUGUAAUUUUGUACGCUUAAGCAACUUAAACUUAAGUUCUAGGCUUUGUAAACGUUGCCAUUAGAAACGCAUUUAAAUGUUUAAUUAGCUGUAUUGAAAACUAAAUGGAAAAACUACAAAAAUAAAACACUUUAAACUAAAUGUAAUUUGAACUUGCUAAAAAUUUCUUGUGAUAAUGUAUACGACAGUUGAAAUGAGGAGAGCGCGCGACAGAAUGAAGUCAAUAACAACAACAAUUGGUGAAUUCAUGUUAAUUAACAAAACUUAAACUUAAUAAAUACUAUAUUA